AUGGAGGAAGAACUUUUGGCUCUUAAAGAAAAUGGCACAUCGGACAUUGUUUCAUGUCCUUCAAAUGUCCACCCUAUUAGAUGUAAAUGGGUAUAUUCUAUCAAACUUAAUUCUGAAGGAACUCUUGAUCGGUACAAAGCUCGAUUGGUUGUUCUUGGUUUGGAAGUUCAUAAUAUUGAUUCAGGUUUGUUUCUAAACCAACACAAAUAUGCUCAUCAUCUGAUUUCUUUCCCUGGUCUUCAAGAUUCCUCCUCCGUAGAUACUCCAUUUGAAUUGAAUGUGAAGUAUCUUCAUAAGGAAGGCGAUAUUCUGCCUGAUCCAACUAUGUUUCGACAAUUAGUUGGGAGUCUAAAUUAUUUUACUAUUACUCGGCCUGAUAUCUCUUUUGCAGUUCAACAAGUCAGUCAACUUAUGCAAACUCCCCGUCAUAUCCACUUGGAGGCUGUUCAUGGCAUCAUUCGAUAUCUUCUAGGAACAUCUACUCGUGGAUUGUUCUUUCCAAGUGCUUCUCCUAAUUAUCUUAAUUCUUUUAGUGAUUCUGAAUGGGCGGGAUGUGUUGAUACUAGUCGUUCAGUAAUUGGUUGGUGCAUGUUCCUUGGAUAG